GUCCCCACUCGGCCGUAAUCAGUAAAAUAGUUUUUUAAAUAAAUAAAAAAAAAACGGCCACGAUAUUUCAUUAUUUUUUUCUUCUGGGGGGGGCACAGAUUUGAACGAAACGGCUGAAUUUGUGUUCGAACGCUAGUGUGUUGGAGAUGAAUUGCGAAUUCGAGCGAGAGACGGGAUUUAUCAACAGUCAGCCGUCGCUCGCCGAGUGCCUGACGUCCUUCCCUCCUGUCGGUGAUGCAUUUCAAAGUUCAUCAAUCAAGAACUCGACGCUCUCUCGCGCGACACUGAUUCCUCCUCCAUUCGAGCAGACCAUCCCGAGCCUGCACCCGGGCAGUCACCCCCGCCACAGCCGGCCCAAGCAGAGUCUGGUCGGUACCGGUGCUGGUCCACUACCGGCGGCCUCGCUCCCCCCCGAAUACCCCUGGAUGAAGGAGAAAAAAGCGUCCAAGAAGAACCAGAGUCACCCAACUGCCACCGCCACAGCCCACGACACGGGCUCCCUCUAUUUCUCCCCGCAAGGAUCUCCCGAGCUCUCGGACGGCGGCGGCGGUAACGGGACCACUCGUCGGUUGAGGACCGCGUACACGAACACUCAGCUUCUGGAGCUCGAGAAGGAGUUUCAUUUCAACAAGUACCUGUGCCGACCAAGGCGCGUGGAGAUCGCGGCUCUACUGGACCUGACCGAGCGGCAGGUGAAGGUCUGGUUUCAGAACCGGAGAAUGAAACACAAACGGCAGACCCAGUGCAAGGAGAACCAUCACGGAGAGGGGAAGUUUAGAAGCCCGGAGGACAGCGAUCAGAGCGACGGGAAGUCGUUCUAUGAGCAAGCGGGGAAUAAUAGUGUGAGUGCGGCUGGUGGUGGCGGUGGGGGUGGGGGGGCUCUUUUGGAGAGAGAAACAUACCAGUUCCAACAGAAUAGCAUAACUUCACAACACACACACAGCGGCCACAAUGGCGAGGCCCACACCGCUACUGUUCCAGAGCUCAGCAGUCAUGAGAAAAAUCCCAAACAUUUCGGCUCUCCAUCACCCCCCGGAUCGACCCUGGGUGUAACAAUGGCGGAGGACUUCGCAGCUGGCCGGGACAAUAGGUCUUCUUCUCCGGCCCUGGACAUCUCUUUGCAGGACUUUCACGUGUUCACCUCGGAGACGUGUCUCCACCUCUCGGAUUCCGUGUCCCCGGGUCUGUCAGAUUCGGUUGAUAGCCCGGUAGGAAUCUCGUCGGAGGGAUUUGAUUUCUUUUCGGAGACCCUCACCACCAUCGACCUUCACCACUUGAGCUACUGACCGGACGCUCAGCCCAAGUUAAGUCCAGAACUGACCGCUUCUCUCUCUAAAAUCAGUGUUCACACUUUUCGGCGCGAUUCCGACUGUAAUCAUGAUGUAAUUGAUUAGUCCAUUAAUCUAAAGAGGUAAGUUUUGCUAAUAACAGAAUUAAGAAUUCUAUGUUUACAAGUUCGGCAAUGCAGGAAAAUAAAUAAAUGAAUAGUUUCUCUUUUUUAUUUUUGUAUCCCUUUCAGGUAACUUGAUAUUUUCUUAGAAUAAAUUUGUAUUUGUAACUAUA